UGAAGGCUUGCUGUAUGUUUGAUUUGUAUAGUCUUAAUAAGUACAAGCUCCUCCCUACAUGUUACAUCCUGUGCUGUUUCUGUGUUAUGGGUGUAUAAAUAGGUAGUGGUCUGUCUGCACUAAGAUGAUGAGUAAAGCUUUAGCUCAGUAGUCAGCGCAGUCGUCUAUGACCUGGGAGAUUCCAGCUCAAGACCCGGUGUGAGGACCUCCUUCGUUUCACUCUGAAGAAGAAGAAGAUUUCUACAUCAACAACACCUCACAGAUGAAAAGCAAUAAUUAUAGCAAUGUCAGCCCACUCCAUCUACCAUUUUUUUAACGAUGUCAUCUCCUAUGAAGAUGGACCACAUAUUGUAUAUGUGAUAACAUGCAUAAUCAUUAGUUUCGGCCUCCCUUUGACUCUAGCAGCCAUCUACUCUCUUUAUUCCCAGGUUAAAAAUAACAAUGUUGCUCCAAUCUACAUCAUCAACCUCCUCAUCUCUGACAUCUUUCAGCUCUGCCACAUGAUCGUCGUAUUGGCAAAAAAUUACGAAUGGAGGAUCUAUAGAAUCUCCUUUUGUAUUUACUACUAUAGUGUGCUGGCCAGUGUUGGCUUCAUGGUCUGUGUCGCCCUGGAAAGGUAUUUGGUCAUUGCAUGGCCACUGUGGUACCUCGUCAGAAGAACCAUCAAGAGCUCUCUUGUGGUCUGUGUCGUGGUCUGGACCCUUCCUCUUGUUUAUGUCCUUCCUCUCUAUUUCGGUGUUGAAUUUGUGGUCUUAAAAAACAUUUUCUCCGUCUUCCUCCUCGUUCCUUUCCCACUGCUCAUAUUCUUCUUGCGUGGGACCCUCAAAUCGCUGUCUGCUGCCAUCUCGGUCUCCUCUGAUGAAAAACGACGAAUUGUGGGAAUGUUGGUCCUGGUGCUGCUCAUCUACACAAUGCUGUUUCUACCCACUGUCAUCUGGUACCUGGCAGAAGAAGCCCCUUAUAAUCGUAUCUUCACCAACCUUAGUUUCAUGCUUCUUAAGUUCUGUCCCCUUGCAGACUUGAUUUUGUGUUUUUUCAUUAGGAAAGGGGCCAUAGACAAGCUUUUGGCCUCUCUGUGUUGUUGCAGAAUGGACAGUGAUGAUAACAUCAGCAUGAAAGACAGCAACAUACACAGUCAGAAAAGGGAGAAAGCAGAUGGAGAAAUGUAGGCAAAUAAAAAGGAAAGAGACAAGAGUCACUGUCCUCUAUCGAUACUAUUUCAAAUAAGACACCUAACAGUAGUGUCACCUAGCAGUGAGGACAACAGGUGUGAAAAACAAAAAUAGUAACUUACUUCAUUUGGAAUGAAGAAAUAAUCAUUCAAAAUACAAAAAUAGGAAAACUAGAAAAUAGUAUUUCAAAAACAAGGACACUUAAACUUAAACUGAGGUCAACUAAACAAACAGCAACUUAGGACUGAACAUAAUUGACCUGACUAGUGACACAAAGGGAGGGUUUAUAGACAAAGGCUAGACUACACAGACACACAGGUGGGCGGGAAUAAACAGUCUGUACUACAAAUUAACCUCAAACAAAAACACCAAAACGUAGACCAUGUCCAAAGGAGCAUAUCACUAAAGGACAUAAAGGACAUAUCACUGACAAAACAGAUGGUGGAAGUAGCGGCAUUUUAUUGGAAGAGGAAAUAAAUUUAGCCGGUUUAAUGUAGACAUAGUCAUAAAGUCCCACAGUAGUUUGAUUUAACUGGAUCCUGAAAGGCAGAUUCCCCUCUGGCACACCCAGUUGGUCUCUUCCACUUCCUGUCUGUCACAGUACAAGAGGCCACCUUAACUGUUACUGCAUCUUUUGGCCAGAGAGAAGAAACACAGAACAUAAUUGAAAGCUAAUAAGAGGUUUAAUGACAGAAUGUUAACUAAAAUGCACUUAAAUUAGCAAACAAGAAAUAAAUAAAGUGUUGCUGUAUGACAACAAAAGACUUUGUGCCACGUCAUUAGUUGAAAUCUUUGUGUUAGCUAUGCUAAAAGAAAACUACUAACACUGUUUGUGUUAGCUAUGCUAAAAGAAAACUACUAACACUGUUUGUUGUCAGCCAGUGGUGUGACCAUCACAAGUAGAGGAAAAGGAAACAUUGCUUUGAUUAUGUUGUGAGAGAAGUAGUUAGUGGGAAAUGUUUGUCCAUGCAGGUUAACUUUUAUGGUUCAUUGGGGUGAUUUCAACAAAUGUGCAUUAAACAUGUUUUUAUUUGUUUUUUAGCUGGAAGUUGAUGUCUAUCAUUAUUAUUCUUUGAAGGGGACAGAGCAUGCUUUUUGUGAUUUUCUGUCAUUUGUAUUCGUAAUUUAAGUCUGCCAAGGAGCAGCUUCCUGGAGCUGGCCAAUCAGAACAGAGUGGGCUCAUCAGGAGGGGGGCCUUAAAGAGACAGGAGCUAAAA